AUGCAUUCUUCAAUUUCUCUCCUUGUCGCGGCAUUUGCUGCAGGCGCUUUGGCUAUGCCCGUGGCCGAAACAACUACUUCUUCCUACUAUUGCGGCUUCGGUACUAAUGCAGAUGGUUCGUGCGUCACCCCAACCACGACCUCGAGCUCUGCUUCCUCCACUACCACAUCGAGCGUCUAUUGUGGAUUCGGAACAGCCCUUGAUGGCAGUUGCGUUACUCCCACAUCCACGUCGUCAUCGACUUCAUCCGGGACCACGACAACGUCGUAUUACUGCGGCUUUGGCACGGCCUUGGACGGCAGCUGCAACACACCCACAUCAACUCCAUCAAGCACAACGACGACAUCAUUGUACUGUGGCUUUGGCACAGCGUUGAACGGCAAAUGCGUUACUCCCACAACCACCACUACCUCAGUCUCAUCGACGACGACGACCUCGUCGGUCUGGUGUGGAUUCGGCACCGCGCUUGACGGGAAAUGCGUCACUCCCACCACCUCUACAACAUCGGUCUCAUCUACGACGACCUCGUCGGUCUGGUGCGGAUUUGGCACGGCCCUCAACGGAAAAUGUGUCACCCCAACCAGCACCAGCACGUCGACUUCCAGCACCAGCACCAGCACCAGCACCACCACCCACUCCUCCUCUCACUCAACCACUACCACAACAAAGAGCUCUAGCAGCAGCACCAGCAGCGUCACGACUACUUCAGCCAGCACCUCCCCGUCUCACUACUGUGGAUUUGGCACUGCCUUGAACGGGAAGUGCAACCCAGCCCCGACCUCGACCAGCACCUCAACGACUUCCACCUCCACUCCAGCCUCCCACUGGUGUGGAUUCGGAACCGCUGCCAAUGGUCAGUGCAAUCCGGCACCUACAACCACCACAACUCCUCAUUGGUGCCCUGCUCCCGCCACAGUGACUGUCACUGCCACCCCUACCUUGGCCCCAAACUUUUUCUAUGGCCUAAGUGAUUGUGUUGGUUGCCAAACGAUCACGAUUACCAUGGCCGUGCCGACGUCGAUCGGUGCCUGGUAA